UGCUCCCACAUGCUCCGGAGUUUUGUAACGCUCCUAUAAAUGCACCACGAGUCCGGAGCGCCUUGCCUUUCCACGUCUGGUCAGCCGCUGUGUGAGGAAGGCACCAGAGGAAAAAUCCUCUCUCUGAGCGCGUAAGAGGAGAGGGGGGGGAAAAAGACGAGACUUCGCCCGCAUCUCAAUCUGCCCUGCAUCUUUUCUUCCUACCGGACUGCAGUGGAGAGCUACAGCUGACUGUGCAGGACUACACCUUACAGCACAACAUGUAAAAGAGGUGCUCCUUUUGGAGUGCGUUUUGUUUUGGAGAAGCGACCGCACAAAGCGAGAUCACUGCCUGGCUGCUUUUUCCUCUCCCUUCCUUUGCGCUCCUUGCCUCAGUGGUAAGUGGGAUGCGGGAUACGCAGCAUCACCGGCAUCGUUAGAAUAAACAGAUUCCAAUUCAGCUGGCCUGUCAGAUUUGUAUUUAUUUAUUUAUUUUUAUACAUGAAAGGUAACUGGACGAGUAAAGACUGAGCAGGAAAGCGUAUAAAAAGAUAAAACUCUCCACCGGUGCAAGGGAGAAAAGGACUGGUUUUCUUCGGGAGGAGAUAAAGUGAGCAGGGAUAUUUUUUUCCAACUAUUUGGGACGUGGAUGUCUUUUUAUUUACUGUUGGAGAUGAUCGGGUCAUCCUAAAGAUCAUAUUUAACCGGACUGCUGUUGAGCUGAUCGGUAACGCAUUAUUUUUCAGUUUUUUUUCAUCUGCCCAUCUAUCUGUCCAGAGAGUGUCGGCGGUGGAGGGAGGCGCGGAACAAGAUCCAGAGAACUAACCAAGGGGGGAAAUUGAGUUACUCUGCAAUUCCGUUUUUCUUGCAAAUCCGCGUAUAGCCUCCUGUUUCUGCGGACACUAACACGGGGAGAAGCUGUGUCAAAGUAGCAGAGAAUUUAAAAAAAGAGGCAGCACAGAUGAACAUGAAUGCUUUGCAAUGACAACCAGCUAACCACAGACUUUUGUGCCUUUUGUGAGAGAGUGCCUGUGUGCAGCAGCUCAGCGUGCAGAGCCCAAACUGUUUGUGUGUGUGUAUAUAUAUAUAUAUUUAUAUAUAUAUACACACACCUUCUGUGAGAUCCAAGGGCCACAUACUAUAUGUGUAUGUGAGAUGAGGAGAAGCUAAGUGGCCACCGCAACCACCCAGAUCAGACAGCCUUCUGCGCUGCAAGAUGGAUUAGAGCCCCACACCUCAGGAGAUCAAAGGUGGCUGUGACAGGGGCACCCCCGGGGCAGGACCCAUGAGGAGUCAUAGAAGAUGCUCACAGCCUGGGCGCUUCUGCUCUUCUUAGCCAUGUGGGUGAGAAGCACCUCUGGUGGCCCGCUCUCCUUCCGAAUAGCUGCCAUCCUUGAUGACCCUAUGGAGUGCAGCAGAGGGGAGCGUUUGGCCAUCACGCUGGCCAAAGAUAGCAUCAACAGGAACAGUAACCGCUCCAUCACUGGCAAGCUGGAGGUGGACAUCUUUGAACUGCUCAGAGACAGUGAAUAUGAGAUGGGGGAAACAAUGUGCCAGAUCAUGUCUAAAGGGGUGGUGGCAGUCCUUGGCCCGUCUGCCAGUCCGGCAUCCAACUCCAUUAUCAGCAAUAUAUGUGGAGAGAAAGAGGUGCCCUAUGUCAAGGUGGCUCCAGAGGACAUUCUAAAGGUUCAGUUCCCUCGGUUCACCACUUUGGAUUUGAGACCAACAAACACCGACAUCAGCCUGGCUGUGGCCGGCCUUCUCACCUUCUUCAACAGCACCACCGCCUGCCUCAUCUGUGCCCAAGCUGAAUGCUUAUUGAACCUGGAGCAGCUCCUCAGGCAGUUCCUCAUCUCCAAGGAAACUCUGUCUGUGCGCAUGCUUGAUGACAGCCAGGACCCAACUCCACUCUUAAAGGAGAUUCGAGAUGACAAGACUGCCACGAUUAUAGUCGAUGCCAAUGCCACCAUGUCACAUAUCAUUUUGGAGCGGGCGUCAGAGCUGGGAAUGCUGUCCGUCUACUACACUUACAUCUUCACCUCUCUGGAAUUCUCAUUACUACGACUGGACGACGUGGUGGACCAACGAGUCAACAUAGUCGGUUUUUCUGUCUUCAACAAAACUCAUCCCUUCUUCCAAGAUUUUGUGCUAAGCCUCAAUCGCUCCUGGCAAGAGAACUGUGACCACGCACCCUUCGCUGGCACCCCACUCUCGUCAGCGCUGCUCUUUGAUGCGGUGUACGCUGUGGUGGCGGCGGUCCAGGAGCUGAACCGUAGCCAGAACGUUGGCGCCACUCAGCUCUCCUGCAAGUCCUCCAAGAUCUGGGAGCACGGCACCAGCCUCAUGAAUUACCUGAGGAUGGUAGAAUUGGAAGGUCUAACAGGCCACAUUGAAUUCAACAGCAAAGGACAGCGGUCUAACUACGCCCUGAGGAUCAUGCAAAACAGCAAGGAUGGCCUAAGGCAGAUUGGCCUGUGGCACUCCGAAGAUGGACUGUCCAUGGAGAAAAAGCUUCCAUCAAUCAAUGUGACAGACACCCUCUUCAACACUACUCUUACCAUCACGACAAUAUUGGAGAAUCCGUAUGUGAUGCUGCGGCAAAACCACCAGGAGCUUGAGGGAAAUGACCGCUAUGAAGGCUUCUGUGUGGAUAUGCUGAAGGAGCUGGCGGAUAUUCUCAAGUUUAAGUAUCGUAUCCGGCUGGUGGGGGACGGGCUGUAUGGGGUCCCCGGAGCUAAUGGAACGUGGACUGGCAUGGUCGGAGAGCUCAUCUCAAGGAAAGCUGACCUGGCAGUUGCAGGCCUGACCAUCACAGCAGAGCGUGAAAAGGUGAUUGACUUCUCCAAGCCUUUCAUGACCCUCGGUAUCAGCAUCAUGUACCGCGUCCACCUGGGACGGAGGCCAGGCUACUUCUCCUUCCUGGAUCCCUUCUCCCCUGGUGUCUGGCUCUUCAUGCUUCUGGCCUACUUGGCUGUCAGCUGCGUCCUCUUUCUGGUAGCCAGAUUGACACCUUACGAGUGGUACAAUCCCCACCCUUGUCUAAAGGGCCGCUGUAACCUGCUGAUCAACCAGUACUCACUGGGCAACAGUUUCUGGUUCCCUGUUGGAGGUUUCAUGCAGCAAGGAUCCACCAUUGCUCCUAGAGCUCUGUCCACGCGUUGCGUCAGUGGAGUGUGGUGGGCCUUCACAUUAAUCAUCAUCUCAUCCUACACUGCCAACCUGGCUGCCUUCCUAACAGUCCAGAGGAUGGAGGUGCCGAUAGAGUCGGUGGACGACCUGGCGGAUCAGACGGCGAUAGAGUACGGCACCAUGCACGGAGGAUCCACAAUGACCUUCUUCCAGAACUCUCGCUAUCAGACCUACCAGCGUAUGUGGAACUUCAUGCACUCAAAGCAGCCCAGCGUGUUUGUGAAGAGCACAGAGGAAGGAAUCGCUCGCGUCCUCAACUCUAACUAUGCCUACUUGCUGGAGAGCACCAUGAACGAGUACUACCGCCAGAGGAACUGCAACCUGACGCAGAUCGGAGGACUGCUGGACACUAAGGGCUACGGCAUCGGCAUGCCACUGGGGUCAGUGUACCGUGAUGAGUUUGACCUCGCCAUCCUGAAACUGCAGGAGGACAAUCGUUUGGAGAUCCUCAAGAGGAAGUGGUGGGAUGGUGGCAAGUGUCCAAAAGAAGAGGACCACCGCGCCAAAGGUCUGGGCAUGGAGAACAUCGGCGGUAUCUUCGUGGUGCUGGUGUGUGGCCUGCUGGUGGCUAUCUUCAUGGCAGUGCUGGAGUUUGUCUGGAUGUUAAGGCAGGCGCCAGGAAAUGAGCAGUCGGUUUGUGAGGAGAUGCUGCGGGAGCUCCAGGGGAUUGUUCUGUGUCGCGACAGCCUGCAGGUGAGGCGUCGGCGGUCUGCGUCGAUGCUGCGGCCGCGGCCCUUACCCUUGGAGGAGCGUCGGGCGCGAGCCGCCGCCGUCAGCCUCAGCAAUGGCAAACUGUGCGGGGGCACCGGACUGCCUGAACCCCUCUCCCACAGACUGGCGCAGGAGGCUGCCCUGGUCGCCAGGGGGUGCAGUCACAUCCGCAUUUGCCCGGAAUGCCGACGUUUCCAGGGACUGAGGAUGCGUCCUGCAGGGGCCACCGGAGCCCUGCCGUCUCCCACACACAGUGAGGAGAGCAUAGAGUGGGACAAGACCACAAAUAGCAGUGAACCUGAAUAACGCCCAGCAAUUCCAGAAGGACUGACUUCCCCAGCAGCCGCCUCCCUUCUUUCCAGGGAUCAAAGAUUGUGUGGUAUUUUGAACCAGGCCAUUCAGAGCUUGUUCUUAAAGGGCAGGACAAUGCUGUGGACUUUGUUUUACCCCAGAGGCAACAGCCAGCAGUCAGUUUUUGGAUAUCCUUGGGUGAAAUUUUUCCUUGGUCAUAGGAAAAACUGAUGAGUCUGUCUCGUUGUGGUCUGUCCCUGUUGGCCCUCUGUACCGUGUAAAACAGGACGGACACAAACAGCUAUGGGGCAUUUGUACUAUGCAGUAUUUUCAGUCAUUUAUCAUUGUGCUGUUUCUUUUUCCUUUUUAAAUUAUUUCUGUCCUCUGUUGGAUUAUCAGUACUGAAUAUUGUUAUUCUAUUGUUGGGAAGGAAAAAAAAACUUUAAACAAGUUCCUUUUUUAUCUGACAAUUUACUGUAUGAACGUAUAUUGCCUCUGAAGAGCUUCAAAGAUGAACAGACUAAUGCAAGGUCAUCCUUCAAAUCCUUUUAUUUUGAAAGUGCCAAAAACCAUAAGUAUUAUCUUGUGGCUGAAGAAAGCACCACGGCCUUGAGAAGACAACAAAUUCAACUGAACCAAGAAAACAAACAUACAGACUUCUUUUAUAGUAGUGAUAUUCUAUUAAAAAAAUGUUUUAAUUGUUGGUAUCUCUGAAAGACAGCGAUGCAUGUCCAGAGGUGUUGGCAGGUGCUCAUUGCUGAAGUGGCAGCUGAACUGAAAGAAGGAUUUUCCAUUUUGAAUACCUGCUUAUACACAUGAUGGCUACACACACACACAAACGCAGUUCCACUUAAUUCCCUUUUCUUUCGUGUCUUGGCGUUACUUUCUUCUCCAGCCAUCCUCCAUAUUUAGCACAUUUGUUGUCCCAUCACCUUUAUAAUCUCUCACUUAAAAUAGAUACAUAGUCUUGUGCACUGUAAAAGUCUUUUUCUCGUGGUCACGUAUUCAGGACUGAUUCCAAUUUCAUGAUUACAAGCCUGCGUAUGAAUGAAACCCAGCGUAUAUUAGAACCAACCAAAAACAUAUAGUCUCUGGUAAAGUAAAGGGAUUUUUCUUUCAGCAGUUGGCUUGGGUUCUUUUAAAUGUCAAGACAGUUAAACUUUUAUUGAAUGUGAUGUUUUACGCACUGCUUUGAGGAGUAUUUCAGUUCAGAUCAGCCUAGCUACGCUCUGACAUUUUCAUACUUUUAUUUUUACAAAACCUCAACCCAAACUUGGAAUAUAUUAAUUCUAUAUUCAGAAGAAACAGAGUUUUAAUGCAGACUGACACAGAAAAAGGCUCAACAAUGGUUUAGUCAGUCUUUUUUCCGUUCCAUUUCACUGCAGCAUUUGAAGUUAGUAUAAUCUAAUAAUUUAAAGUUAAAAUGAAACUUUACUUUUCAAUGACUGCUUGAAAUAAUUCAAUUUGGUUGUAUUUAUUGAGAAAGCCGCUGUCUUGAUUUGCAUAUCAGCUAUACCUCCAGGAGUGAAACAGUGACAGCAAACCACCAGCAGCAGGAUUUUCAAAAUCCAGUUACUUUGUGUGUUGACUGCAGAGACACAUGACUAUCUGUUUUCGUGCUGGUGUUACUGUAUGAUAGUCUGACUGUUGCACAGUGAGAAACAGUGGUCACCCACUUCUCUACACUGCUUCUCGCUUAUCUCUGAUGUGUUCAUCAUUUUAAAUCUGCCCAUCAGGUUCUGUCAAUCACCGUCUCUCAGAACUAGGCCACCAUCUCAACGCAGCUCCAAGGUCUCGCUGCAGUCUCUCUUGUACUUUUAUUAGCCAACUUCACUUUCUGUCUCCAUCAUUUUUCACCCCGCAGGUUGUCAUGGUUAGAAAUUCCCAGAAUUUGCUCUUUUCAUUACGGGUGAUUGUUUCGAGGAGACGUCCAUCAUGUUGAUCGAUGCUUAAGUGUGUUUACAUAAAAUCAAGAAGAAAUAACACAUAAUUUUUUAUUUAGACACGCUUGUGUGUGUGCUGUCACACUGUCAGUUGUGGUUAAAUCAUUCUAUUGUUUAUUUUACCAUUCCAUAUGCACAGUAACAUUUUCCUCAACUGACUCUGUGUUUUUCAGUCAUCGCCAAUGCAUCUAAUCCUUCAGUAUUGUUGAUCCAUGGGACGUGUGUAAAUAGAGUGUGAUCGACAGGGUUCACAGUAAUGGUCUGAAGUGUUGUUUUUACAAAAGUCAUUUGAUGUUGAUUGUGUUAAUAGAGCAGAGAGGUGCACACUUACAUGUGUUCAUAUGGGAACAUUUAUCGCUCAUGCAGCACGAACACAUUCACAGACAGUGAGCAUAAAAACAGUCUUCACGGACCAUUAAUGUAAACUAUCUACAUUUCUUUAUAUAAUAACUUGUUAAAGUCAAAUUGCCUAGCAAAUAGCAAAAGAAAAAAAAAGGCCCACAUUCCAUUACUGUUUUAUAAAAGAAGUUUCUAUCCAUUUGCCAAAUGUCACUAAGAAACUCAUGAGAGUUUGAAGGCGCUCGCUGCUCUCAAUGCUAACCUAUUAAACACUGAAAACAUUUACAGGGGUGCUAAAUCAAGCGUAGUUGGAAUGAGAUUGCCAAUUACCUUGAAGGCAUGAAGAGCAGUAGAGUAAGAAUUAAAACAAAUCCCUCAGAAACACUGGCCGACCUUCUCUGGGAGACCACUGAGGGAGAUGGCAGGGUUUGGCUGCUAUAUUUUAUAUGCUUUAUUUUCUUAUGUUGACAUUUUUAUUCCAUUAUAAAUACAUUUCUUAUUACAACCUCCGUUCUGUGGGCUUUUCUGGUUUUGUCCUCUCUUUACUCUGAUGUAUUUGACCUUCUCAGCUGUUUAGAUCUGUCAUGCUAAAUAGCUUCUGAGUGCACUUUGUUAUUUCAAGUUUUUUAUUAUUCAAGUGGGAGAGAUAUUCAGACGGUGCACCUGUUUUGUUGUGACAUGUUCGCAUUUGGGGAAGUUGUAUGAGGAUGUAUGGUUUUCUGGCUGAGGAAACAUUAUUGUUGAGUGAACCAGAAGGAUCCGAUGCAUCUACCUCUUGUUUUCUCUCCCAUAAACUGAAUUAGCAUCUGCACACUUGGAAAUCCUUUGAACAGCUGAGAAUUUGUGUGGGCAGGAAGUCUACGGGAGGCUAAUGAGUUUAACAACUCACUCAUGUGCUAUAUAAGCAUCUACUCACCCGUAGUCCAUCUAUCACUGUGAUUUUCUGUGGAUAUUUCUGUCCCCUCAGGAUAGUGAGUGAACACCACACAACACCCGGCGUCUGAUUUACAGUUUAAUUCACACUUCAUCUCUCUCUCUCCUCUCUGAGUGCCUGUCUCACAAUCGUACCACUGCAGCAUUACAGAUGACAAGUGUUUUUUUUCAGUGUGUCACUGAGCUUCAUGUCACCGUGCAUAUCCCCAGCAAACACACACACACACACACACACACACUUGCCUGCGUAAGUCUUAAAGCGCAAACACGCAAACACUCACCCCCACCUGUAAGUCACUCCCGUGUCAAGUUUAUUUCAUUGUGCUCAUGCUUCUCCUUCUGCCUCUGGUGCUCCAGGUCCAUAAAUUAAGUGCAUCUCUACCCACCACUGCCUAGCUGCUGUUGGAUUUAUGGAGCCCAUGAUGAGCAUUGAGUGCCUGCAGAGGUGUGUGAAAAUCUGCUUCACUCCUCGAGCUUAACCAGUUGUAGCACAUAGCAAUACCAAUUUACUCGUGGUUCAUUAUUAUUUUUGCAAGGAUUUAGGAGUUAUAGUGUAGUGAGUUUGAUGCAUUUCACUUCGCCAGCAGCUCACAUCCCAUGUACCUGAGGAGGGAGGGUGUUUUUGUUUCCCAAAUCUGCCCAUUCCAUGUGUUUUUUUCUUUUCUUUUUUUGUUGCUGGCAUAAAAUGUAUAACCUCACAAGCUCUGUGUCUAGUUUUAGGAGACCAAAACAUUAAACCUGAGAUAUUUAGAAAUCUUUCAAACAUUGUGGGUUCGUAACUCACCCUGCAGUCAGUGUGAUUUUAUUGUUUUUCUAACAGAAAUUGUUGAAUCUGUUCAUCGCAUUUGUCACAAGAUUGCAUCCCUUUGUGAAACACAACCUUUGUGUUCUACGACAGAUCAUUUCUCAAGGUUAACAUCAUACAGUGUAUACAUCCACCUCAUAACAGCCACUAAUGAGCUCUGGAUCUGAGGACGCCAAAUGUAAGACGUAACCAACUAGGAGUGGAAACUACCGAAUUCACAGCAAGACUGGUGCACAUUUUAAGUGAGAGCUUUCCUAUUGAUUUACUGGCAAUUAAUUGCAAAAAAGUUUCUUCUUGUUGUUGUUGUGUGCUCAAAGAAAAGGUAUUCAGAGUGCAAGAAUUCUCUACAAGGUGAGAAGCUGUCAAGGCUGUUAUACAGCCUUUUGUUCACUGAUGGCUGUUGAACAUAUUGACCAAAACAUCUUGACAUUGUUUGUCUUUCAGAGAAAUAAAAUGGAGCUUCAUUUA